AGGAAGCGGUGAUAUAUCCUUCGCCGCAGUAUCCGCGCCGUCGAUGAGAUGUCCUUCAUGCCAGAGCUGUGAAAAAUAACGAUGUAUUACGUACGUGGUAUAAUAACCAACAAUUACGACAAGAUAAACGUAUGAAAUGGGCUGUCAAAAGUUAGCAAUCGUUUUGGCGAUAAGUUUUUCAUGGAUUUCUCUGGCCCAUUUUGACAACCAUCAGCAAACAGUACGCGGUGAAACAAACAGAAUCGUUAAACGUUCUCCAUUAAAUCACCAAGACAUCCAUGCCUCCGCGCGCAGUGCUGUUACUAAUGUUUUUAACGAUCCAAAUCAACCUUGCUACAAACGGUUCUUUGUCGAUAACCAACCACCAAUUGGUCUGCGACCGACACCUUUACCGGCCACUUCCCAGAUUAAGUAUAUUUGUCAGCAAAUUCCAACGGCGACCGCAUCUCCGACGCCAGUCACGUACUAUGCAACCAUGUUUGAUGAAAACCAUGGAAUCGCCGUCUACUCAGCUUACUACGUUAAUAAACGCAAUAUGGACGAUUUACUCGCCAACAAAUUCGGUAGAAAAGAUGAGGCAUGGCGCACCCAACCAGGCAUAACAAAGCAAGGGACCGACGCCGUGUACCAAACCGCGGGCAAGUCAACCUAUGACAAAGGUCACCUUCUACCAGCAAACAUUUAUUCAUUCAGCGCUGAACAUGUCACGUCAACGUUUUCCUACACAAACGCAGUUCCACAAGUUGGAAAGUUUAAUAAAGGCGAAUGGAAGCAAUAUGAGGGCAAAAUUUUGGAUUUUGCUAUAGAUAUUUGCACGCAACGUUCUGAUGCCGUCCUGUAUCUAAUCACAGGCACAACAGUCAACAUUCGUUACGGAGAUAACGCCCUUACGGGGGACAAAAUUUUGAAAGGACAGAGCCCCGUAGGUAUUAAAGUUCCCGGAUCGAUGUGGACGGCAGGAUGUUGCUUAGCAGGCGCGUCAACAGGCAAAGCCUCUGUCACAAGUAACUUCGCAGUCAUUGGUGGUAACCUUGGUUCAUUGAAAAUGGCUGAACUAAGCGUCGGCGCCCUCCAGACAUUCCUAACAACGGACCCAGGAGUAACCGCAGGUGCUGUUAAUUUGUUUCCAGGACACAAGGAUUGCUCCAACCCGGCAAAAAUGGUUAACUUGAAGAAAACCAAAGCUGGUGCGCCAACUGGGGGUACACCAGUUAAAGUAAAGAAACCUUCACCGAUGAUGACCAAUAACGUAAAAACACAACAAGGAGUUUAUAACUUAUAGACAUAAGGCUUUGCUGUAGAGCUCCGUACGCCAUGAAUUGUAAAUGAUAUUUAUUGCUGAUAAAGUAAUUUUGUAGUAGGUUCCGUCUUCGUUUGGAAUUUGUCAUAUGGCAACAAUAUACCCAGUAACAUUGGAAUUUUGCGUAUAUUUGCGUAUUAAUUGGCGUAUUAAAUAGCAGCUGCAAUUUUCUUCUAUAUGACUAUGUGAUUUAUUUAUUACACUGGUGUGCAUGACUACCCACAUACUUGAAAAAUAGGCACACAUAGUGUGCAUAUGGCCGCUAACUGAGGGGAAGAGUGGAUCGGAGUGGCUAGCUUAGCAGUUAGUUGUUGAAUAGUAUUUCACCGUUGGUGAGUUUCAGUAUAAUAAACAAGCAAACGCUUGAGUCUCUUUUAACCAGCAC